GAGGAGGGCCGGUCUGCUGCGUCUCCCUCUGUUCCCUCUGUCUCUGCUUCAGCUCCACAAAUACAAAUAAAGCUCCUUCACGCUGAGGACCGACCGUCUCUUCAUGUCUGAACCCUGAGUCCUGACGCUGCGUCUCCACAGGUGAAGAAUCCUGGAUUAGGGUACUUGAUGUACCUGAAGUAUCCUCUGAUGCUGACGCCUGUGUAACAGAGUAUUAAUCUGAUUACUCUCAGUAAAGUAUCAGAUUACUCCUCUGACCUAAGACCAGUGUUCUCAGCUGCCUCUGUUCGAACAGAGGAAGGACUCCGUUUCCCAGAGUGCCCCGCGGCUCGGUGGUCCAGGGUGGACCUGUGUGAGGUGGGAGUGUUCAGUCAGUCAGCAUCCUGAUGGAGAGACCAGACCGGAACCCACCGGAGACCAGAUCCUCAUCAGCGGCGGAGCUGAGGUUCACGUAGCGGAGCGGUUUAAUCUGCGGGACCAGAACCAGGACCAGGACGUGUUAUCCCCCCGGUGUUGUCUCUGUUGGCUGCUCGGUGUUUUCCUGUGGAGAUGGUGGACGCGGCGGAGUGCGGGCUGUGCGGGGUGAAGGUGAUGUGUCGCUUCAGGCCGCUGAACGACGCCGAGCGGAGCCGCGGAGACCGGUUCAUCCCCAAGUUUAACGGAGAGGACACGGUGGUGGUGGCGGGGAAGCCGUAUGUGUUUGACAGAGUCCUCCCUCCUCACACUGAACAGGUUCAGGUUUACGACACCUGCGCCAAACAGAUCGUCAAAGAUGUGUUGGGAGGAUAUAAUGGGACGAUCUUUGCGUACGGUCAGACGUCGUCAGGAAAGACUCACACCAUGGAGGGGAACCUUCACGACCCAUGUCUGAUGGGGAUCAUUCCUCGUAUCGCCCGAGACAUCUUCGACCACAUCUACUCGAUGGACGAAAACCUGGAGUUUCACAUCAAGGUGUCUUAUUUUGAGAUCUAUCUGGAUAAAAUCAGAGACUUGCUCGAUGUGUCGAAGACGAACCUGGCUGUUCAUGAGGACAAGAACCGGGUUCCCUUUGUCAAGGGCUGUACAGAGCGUUUUGUUUCCAGUCCUGAUGAAGUGAUGGACGUCAUCGACGAGGGAAAAGCAAACAGACACGUCGCCGUUACCAACAUGAAUGAGCACAGCUCUCGCAGUCACAGUAUUUUUCUGAUCAACAUCAAGCAGGAGAAUGUGGAGACGGAGAUGAAACUGUCAGGGAAACUUUACCUGGUCGACCUGGCAGGCAGCGAGAAGGUAAGUAAAACAGGAGCAGAGGGCGCCGUGUUGGACGAAGCCAAGAACAUCAACAAGUCUCUGUCGGCUCUGGGGAACGUCAUCGCUGCUCUGAGCGAAGGGACGAAAACCCACGUCCCGUACAGAGACAGUAAGAUGACCCGGAUCCUUCAGGACUCUCUGGGAGGAAACUGUCGAACCACCAUCAUCAUCUGCUGCUCGCCGUCUGUUUACAACGAGGCCGAGACCAAGUCCACCCUCAUGUUUGGACAGAGAGCUAAAACCAUAAAGAACACGGUGUCAGUGAACCUCGAGCUGACGGCCGAGGAGUGGAAGAAGAAGUAUGAGAAGGAGAAAGAGAAGAACAGGAGUCUGAACAUCGUGAUCCAGAAAUUGGAGAAUGAGCUGAAACGCUGGAGGAAAGGUGAGUCAGUACCUGUGGAGGAGCAGCUGAGCAGCAGAAACAAGAAGAGCAGCGGUGACACGACGGUAGUGAUGGACAGUUUGGCCCCGGUCCCCGUCCCCCUGGCUGAGGAGGAGAAGACGCAGUAUGAGACGCUCAUCACCGACCUGUACCAGCAGCUGGACGACAAGGACGAUGAGAUCAACCAUCACAGUCAGACGGCUGAGAAACUCAAACAGCAGCUGAUCGAUCAGGACGAGCUGUUGGUGUCGAGCCGUCAGGACUAUGAACGUCUGCAGGAGGAGCUGUCUCGGGUACAGAGGGACAACGACGCAGCCAAAGAGGAGGUGAAGGAGGUACUGCAGGCGCUGGAGGAGCUCGCCGUCAACUACGACCACAAGAGCCAGGAGGUGGAGGACAAGAACCGCUGCAACGAGCAGCUGAAUGAGGAGCUCGCACACAAAACUGUGAGUCUGGAGGUGGUUCAGAGGGAGUUCUCCACUCUGCAGGAUCUCAGCUCUCAUCAUAAGAAGAGAUCAGCAGAGAUCAUCAACCUGCUGCUCAGAGACCUCAGUGACAUCGGUAGCGUCCUCGGUACCACCGACCUCAAAGCUAUGACGGACACGAGUGGAGCGAUGGAGGAGGAGUUCACCACAGCUCGUCUCUACAUCAGUAAGAUGAAGUCUGAGGUCAAAUCUCUGGUGAACCGCAGCAAACAGCUGGAGGUCAGCCUGACGGAGAACACCUGCAGGAUGGAGGCCAGCGAGAAGGAGCUCAACGCCCUCCAGCUGCUCGUCUCACAGCUCCAGGCGAAGCUGGUGUCUCUGAUUGACGACCUGCAGAGGGUGGAGCAGAAGAAGAGGCAGCUGGAGGAGAGUCAGGACGCUCUGAUGGAGGAGGUCGCCAAACUCCAGGCUCAAGAUAAAAUGCACGAGGUGACGGUGAUGGACAAAGAGAAAGAACACAUGAGCAGACUGAAGGACGCUGUUGAGAUGAAGAGAACGCUAGAGGAACAGAUGGAGAACCACAGAGAGGUUCAUCAGAAACAGCUCAGUCGACUCCGAGACGAGAUCGAACAGAAACAGAGAGACGCCGACCAACUCAAAGAUUUGAAUCAGGCUCUGCAGCUGGAGAACAGGAAACUUCAGUCUGACUUUGACAAACUCCGAGCUGAGGAUCAGAACAAGGACCAGAAACUUCAGAAACUGAUGUUCCUGAAUGAGAAGAGAGAACAGGCCAGAGAGGAUCUGAAGGGUCUGGAGGAGACAGUGGCCAAAGAGCUGCAGACGCUGAACAACCUUCGUAAACUCUUCAUCCAGGACAUCGGCACUCGAGUCAAGAACAGCUCAGAGAACGACAGUGACGAGGCCGGCGGCAGUCUGGCUCAGAGACAGAGGAUCGUCUUCUUAGAAAAUAACCUGGAGCAGCUCAGUAAGGUCCACAAACAGCUGGUUCGGGACAAUGCAGACCUUCGCUGUGAGCUGCCUAAGCUGGAGAAGCGUCUGCGGGCCACAGCAGAGCGGGUGAAAGCUCUGGAAGGCGCCCUGAGGGACGCCAAGGAGUCGGCCGUGAGAGACCGUAAACGAUACCAGCAGGAAGUGGACCGCAUCAAAGAAGCUGUUCGCUCCAAGAACGUGUCCAGGAGAGGACACUCUGCUCAGAUAGCCAAGCCAAUCAGACCCGGGCAUCAGCACCCAUCCUCUUCUCCAUCCAUCAGAUCGACCAUCAGAGGGGGGGGGCCGCAUCCAGUCCACGCCAUCACUCCCCCCGACUGCUGCCAUCUCAGCAACCACUGCAACAACCCCACCAGAGCCACAGCAAGUAGGCUUCAGGUGAGUCACAACCACUGCAACCACAGAAACAGCAACAACCACAGCAACCACAGUAACCACAACAAUCACAGCAACCACUGCAACUACAGCAACAACAACCACAGAAACAACAGCAACCACAGCAACCACAACAACAACCACUGUAACAGCCUGUUUCCAGGUGUGCAGGAGAACCUGCGGUGGCCUUCAGGUGAUGUAAAAACAUGAAAGACCCUGUGUAGAGCCUGUGUGAGGUUUGUCCACUCGGGGCUACUGUAGAAACACAGAGAUGCAACAUGGCGGCCUCAGUGAAGGAGAAGUUGAUGAAAACAGAGACUUGUGGCUGUUACUUCACAGGUCUCCCACUCCCUGGUCCUCUGAGGUUUGUGAGUUCUGCUUUGUUAAUGUGAGUCUGUUUAAAUAAAGGUUUUCACUUCCUGUCUCCACAGGUAGCAGACAACUGCAUCAGUGUCCUUUUCUGUGGAUCUUUCGAUUUCUGAAUUCUUCUACUCUCACCACUCUGCCUUUACUGGAACCAGACUCCUCGUUUCCACAGCUUUCCACCUUAACAGCCAUUCCACCUUAACAGCCAACAAGUGCUUUCUUCUCUCUGUCUUUUCUUUUUCUGACAGAAAUCAGCUCUGGUGCUCUAACUCAGUGUGUUCAUUCAGAGAACAAGUCGAUCUCAUGAGUCCAGUGUCUGUGUGUCGUUAACUGGACCUGAAUGUAGAUUCAUGUUGGGUUUCAGAUGCUGAUCCUCAUGUUGGGAUCUGGGUCAUGAAAAACCAAAAUAUUCAAAAAUGAAUGAAAAGUUAGGAAUGAUAAAAAUAAAGUUUGUGCAGUGGUUUAUCAGGAUAAAAUAUAAACAGUAACAGUGUUUGAGCUGAGGAUUGUGUCUGCUGUCAGGAAAACAAAUCUAAGAUUUUCAGAGUAAAAUGUUGAGAAAGAAGUUCAGAGACUUACCUGUAACUAAUGCCAAUGUUGUCUGAGAGAUAUCAUCAAAAAUGAAGUUAUAAUUUUACAAGAAGGAAAUUCACUGAUAGACUCACAACUUCACAAGUAAAAUUACAGUUUUACAAGAAAACAUUAUUUGCAGCUUUACUCUUUAAUAUAUUCUCAACAUGUUGCAAACUUUGAUAUUAAAUAAUAUUGAUGUUAAACCCCUUUAAAAAAUACAACUUUACCUCAAGCUAUAAUUUUUCUUGUAAAAUUACAAAUGGAUUUGGUAAUAUACCGACUUUAUUUCUGAUAAUACUGUGACUCUGUCACAUCUGUUACAAGUCAAAUUCAUAUUUGAACUUAUUUAUAAUAAUGUCUUUAAAUGAUGUGAGAUUGAACAAAUACACUAAUAAAUAAACAGACAUAAUAAAGUAGUUAACAUUGGUAUUAUAUGAAAGCGAAUAAUUGUUAUGUUACACUAUGUUGUGAUUUUUAAGUAGUUUAAUGGUAUUAAUGAUUUUAUUAUUCCUAACGUUUCAUGAUUUUUAAAUCCUCCUGGAAUCAAAGUUUUACCACACUGAUAUUGAUGUUUUUUAAUGUAUAUAUUUAAUAUUUAUUUAAUAGGUUUUCUAAAUGUAAUUUAUGGAUCCUCUAUUUAUUUUAUUUUGUUGUGACAGUAUCAUCAGCUGCUUGCCGAGUGUUUCUACAUGUGUAAUAUGUGUAAAACAGUGUUGACCUGCUGCUGUGUCGUCAUCAUGAGAAGCACAAAGAGCAGCAGUUUGUGUCUGUCUGUUGACGUCAUGUGUUAUUAAACUGUGGUGCAGUUGUUG